CACCCUGCGCUGUUUCCGUGCGGCUGCGCCGAGGGUGCGCGGGUUUGCGCGAGCCCCGCGACGUCCCGCGGGAGCUCGGCGGGGCGCCCGGACGGCGGGGCUUUGUGCUCGCCGCUCUCUCCGCUCCGGCGGCGCGCGGGCCGGGCUUCCCGGCUCCGCAGGCCCCGGCGCGGCGACUCCCGCGGGCUGGGGGAGCUGCGGCCCCCCGGGCUGGCGUCCCUCCGCCGGGCAGCUCCGCGUCUUUUGUCCGGGGAGCGCGGACUGGAGCAGAUCCUUGUAGACACGGCCGGCGCGUCUGUGACCGCAGACUGCGGCGACUGCGGAGAGUGCCCGUCUCCAAGCCCUCAGGCCCGGGUCCGAGUGGACGCGCCUGCGGGAUGUUGAAGGCUGCCCAGAGUCGGGCGUCCGUGUUCAAGUGUCUCCCCCUCACGCGUAUCCCCCCCUCCACGUACAAGCCGAAGAGUUUCUUUGUUACAACACCCAGGGUUACUAAGCAAAAAAUGUUUCUUUCUUUGUGGGAGUUCUUCUAUGGGCACUUUUUUCGAUUUUGGAUGAAAUGGCUCUUACGACAGAUGACUGGGAAGUGUGAAUUACAACGAAUUUUUGAUACCUAUGUAGGUGCACAAAGGACACACAGGAUAGAAAAUUCUUUGACCUACUCCAAGAAUAAGAUUUUACAGAAAGCAACACAAGUGGUUGAGAGUGAAGUGGACAAAUAUGUAGAAGAUAUAAUGAAGGAAAAGAAUAUUAACCCUGAGAAGGACACCAGUUUUAAAAUCUGCAUGAAGACAUGCUUGCUACAAAUAACUGGUUAUAAACAACUCUAUUUGGAUGUAGAAGACGUACGGAAAAGGCCAUAUGAUUCUGAUAAUGAACAACAUGAAAAGCUACUUCUAAAGCUUUGGAAUCUCCUGAUGCCCACCGUAAAGCUAACAGCUAGAAUCUCCAAGCAGUGGGCUGACAUUGGUUUCCAGGGCGAUGACCCCAAAACGGACUUCAGAGGCAUGGGCAUACUUGGAUUAAUCAACCUUGUGUAUUUCAGUGAACAUUACACCAGGGAAGCUCAUCAGAUUCUUUCCCGCUCAAAUCAUCCAAAAUUAGGGUAUUCUUAUGCAAUAGUUGGAAUCAAUCUUACAGAGAUGGCUUAUAGCCUACUGAAGAGCGAAGCUUUGAAGUUUCAUCUCUACAAUUUUGUUCCUGGUGUGCCGACAAUGGAACACUUUCACCAGUUUUACUGUUAUCUUGUCUAUGAAUUUGACAAGUUUUGGUUUGAAGAGGAACCAGAAAGCAUUAUGUAUUUCAACCUAUAUAGAGAGAAGUUCCAUGAAAAGAUUAAAGGACUCUUAAUGGACUGCAAUGUAGCACUUACUUUAAAAAUAUAAAUCAUCCUUAGUAGCUUCUAUUUCUACCACAUUUUGCACACACAACAGAAUUUAUAUGUUGUAAUAGAAAUUAUCUGAUCGAUUACACUCUUAUAUAUAAUUUCCUACAAAAAUACUUCAGAAAUUCUAUUUCAGAAAGCUAGUGGACAAUCAGUGUAUGUUUACAAUUAUUUAUACACUGUUCUCCAAAGUUCCCUUAUCUUCCCAAAGGUCCCUUCUGUAGAGUCAUGUGAACUGCAGUCUGCAGCUUGGGAUUUCGUUAGUGUAAAAGUAUAAGUCAGGUAUUUAUAUUAAAUUGAUUGAUUAAAAUGUGUACAAUUCAAUUUUCAUUUUUAUGCGUUGUAGCCAUCAGGUUGGUAUCUUUUUCAAAACUCUUCAAAUUUUUUUUGGUUUUUUAGUCCGCAAAUGACUGGUUUGAAUUUGCUUUGUCUUUUUAUCUCUGGGCUAAUGAACAGCAAGAGUAGUUCUUUGUUUUUUGAUAGGGUUUCUUUUGUUUGUUUGUUUUGUUUAAUUGGCAGUGCUAGGGAUUGAACCCAUGCCCCCGUGCAUGCUAAGCAAACACUCUUCCCCUGAGCUACAUCUGCAACCUAAGAGUAGUUCUUUAUGGCUUUCUUCGUUUGCAUCUCAAUCACUUAUCAAGUGAUCUCAAUCACUUUAUUAGUAAUAACAAUAGACAUAUCAGACAGGCUAAAGAAUUAUGGCCUCCUUUUUGUUUUCUGGAGAUAACCGGAAUAUAACAGAUAAUGAGAGAAUGACAGUAUUGGGUUUUUUGUCUUUAAAUAACACACUUUAAUGUCAGUGUUACUUUAAAAUUUAAAGGCAUUUUCUUGUCUUCAGAAUUUACUUUUUUUCAGUUGUAGAAAAUAAAAACAGCCCUAUUUAGUGCUUUAGUGUGAGGGCCUUAACCUGUAUGGUUUAUUAAAAGAGAUGUGUUUGCUAAGAGAAUCUUGAUUGUUUUCAAAAGACAGUUUCUAUUAAAAUAAAACUGUCUCUGCAACAAGAAAAAGAAGUAUUUAAAAACCUCAGUUAAACACCAUUGGUUUAUUUGUUAACUCUUGCUUCUCUCUGCUUUGACUGCGUGGUGUUUCUCGAUAGUGGUCUGUGGACUUCAUGUUAACAGUCUGUGGGAUAAUAAAGCAGCUGGAGACUGAUGACUGUGCUUUUAUAUAGCUUUAUUCUCCUAAAUCUCAGGAGGACAGCAAGUGCUGUCGAGGAUUAUAUGGAAUGAGAUGUUAAUGGGAACAAUUUCUUUUGGUGUGUUUUGGAAGUUCAUACUCCUAGAAAGACUAAAAGAGCUUAAAGCCAGGCAUGGUGGUACAUGCCUAUAAUCCCAGCACUCAGGAGGCUGAGGCAGAAAGAUUGCCACAUGUUUGA